AUGGUAAGGUUAGCUAUGGGGAAGUCGUAUCCAAUUGUGAGUGAGGAGUAUAAGAAGGCUGUUGAGAAAGCAAAGAGGAAGCUCAGAGGCUUCAUCGCCGAGAAGAAGUGUGCUCCCUUGAUGCUCCGUAUCGCAUGGCACUCGGCCGGUACUUACGAUGUGACCACCAAAACUGGAGGUCCGUUCGGGACAAUGAGGCAUAAGGCGGAGCAAGGGCACGCCGCUAACAGAGGCCUUGAUAUCGCCGUCAGACUCCUUGAGCCCAUCAAGGAACAGUUCCCUAUUCUUAGUUACGCUGAUUUUUAUCAGUUGGCUGGAGUUGUUGCCGUUGAAGUUACUGGAGGCCCUGAGAUCCCCUUUCAUCCAGGAAGGGAGGACAAGCGGAGCCACCAGUUGAAGGUCGUCUUCCUGAUGCUACCAAGGUCCUGCCUUGGAGCUCCUUGGCGUGUUGUUUACCAUUGUGUUAUUCCUUCCGUUCCUGCAGGACCAGAUCAUUUGAGGGAUGUGUUCACUAAACAUAUGGGCCUCACUGAUCAGGAUAUUGUUGUUCUCUCUGGUGGCCACACCCUGGGAAGUUGCCACAAGGAUCGUUCGGGUUUUGAUGGACCUUGGACUGCCUACCCACUCAUCUUUGAUAACUCCUUUUUCCAGUACGUUCUUUUGGGCUAUGUCCCAUAUAAAUGGAGAGGUCUAUGUCUGGUCCUUGGCUACUGUUUGUCUGGGAAAUUAUCUUCUGGGGAACUCUUGAGCGGUGAGAAGGAAGGGCUUCUACAGCUUCCAUCUGAUAAGGCUCUGCUCCAUGAUCCUGUCUUCCGUCCUCUUGUUGAGAAAUAUGCUGCAGAUGAGGAUGCUUUCUUUGCUGAUUAUGCAGAAUCUCACUUGAAGCUCUCUGAACUUGGGUUUGCUGAGGCCUAA